AUGGGUGCCCUGCUGCUCCUCGGGCCUCGCCCUUGCCCCCGAGGCUGCGGAGGGCAGCGGAACGGGGCGCCCUCUGAGCGAGCCGGGCGCGGGAAGCGAGGGGCAGCGCGCGGAGACCCAAGGCGCGGCAGCCUCCUGGUUCCGGGGCGCAGCCCGCCGGUGUGCCAGAAAAACAGGUGCAUUGCCAAAUACGGGGCGCGCAAACUCCGGUGCAAGCGGUCAGGGAAAGACGUCUGGCCAGGGAGCGUGGAACGCGCGCGGGUGAACGAAGCGGUCCUGGCGGCGCGCGCGGAGGCGGCGGCCCACGGUUCCGCGCGAGUCACAAGGCCCGGGUUGCCGUGGCAGCGGCGGCGGGCGCGGACCGGGCCGGCCAUGGGGAGCAAGGCCCGGGCUGCCGCGGGCUCCCGCGCCUGGGGCCGCGCCGGCUCCGUGGCCACGGCCACCAAGUGGUUCAGCGGGGCGCCCUUCGGGGUGCAGAGCCACAGGUUUGACGUUUCCGCUGUUUACCCCAACCAGAAGAAGUUCAGCACCUUCACCGAGGCCCCGUACUCCAGGUAUCAUUCCGUGGAAGUGUCCCACAUAGGGCCUGGGAUCUACAGCUCCAAGGAAACCUGCUUCAGCAAGCAGAAGCUGAAGAAGGAGAUGGACACAGGCUGGGCCAAGGCACAGGAAGCCACCCGGCUGACCAAGCUGCCCCACUUCCAGUACCAGGCCAUCAUGAGAGAGAAGCAGCUGCAGGAGCAAAAAUUGGGGCCCGGCUCCUACAACUUCAAAGACUUCUUACAACUGCUGCAGCAGAAACCAUGUAGCACCCGAGGGCUGCUCAGUUCUGGGGAGAUUCGCUUCCGAGGACUCAUUGGGAACUACUAUCCAGGCCCCGGAAAUUAUGGGGAGAAGGGCAACCCAUACACCAAGCUGGAGGAGAACCACUGGAACCGGUCCCAUUCCGAGGGCCUCAUGUGCAGGAUGACCAACAAGCCACCCCCCUUGGUGCAUCAGGGGAGUGGUCUGGGACCCGGCACCUACUCCCUCAAAAGCGGCAUCGAUAUGUACCUGGCACGAUCCAUCAGCACUCGCGGCCCCUAUGACACUUACUCUGGUGACAGAAGCAAGCCUCUGCCUCAUGGACAUUACUCUGUGCAGAAAAAAAAGCCCAGGGAACUGAUGAGUGUCAAGAGCUUUGUGGAAGAACUUAAUUCACGUCACAAUAAGAAGCAUGGGAUUUUUUCGAAACUUCCCCGAAACCCGGAAACCCCUACAGAGAGGAUUUACUGGGCCACCAUUAGCCAGUGCCCCCGAAAACUAGCCGCAUCAGGUCCUGGUCUGUGGCUUCCACAUGAGAAGGAAUGCAAACACGUCAACCCGCCACCUUUCCUGCUGGCCUCCAAGCGGUCAGGCAUAAAGGCCUACCAGAUGAUUCUGGGAAGCUGGAACCCAGUAGGUGUGGGCCACUACCUCAACACUUGGCUGAUGGAGAAAAAGGACAGACGGCAGCGAUAUCGGUCCCUGUUCAUGGGUGAAUCCAAGCGCUACCCUUCAGACCCGGCCUGGGACAUGCUCAUGCAGGAAAGGAUCACACCUUUUACCAAGGGGAAGUGCCGCCCAACUAUAGAUUACAAUUCAGAUCCUACUCCCUAA